GCCUGUCAAAUUCCAGGCCUGCUCCCACCUUUGAUAUUAUCUCAGUCUGUUAAGAUUUUAGGCAGAGUCAGUGAGCUUUUUCUCCAUCUGCGGACAAACUGACUGAAUUGAAAUCUCCAAGAUGUCAUUAACAGCUGAGAGACAGGAUGGGGGAAAGAACAGGAUAUUGAUCAUUGGAGGCACAGGAUAUCUCGGUAAAUACAUGGCGAAAGCCAGUGUUUCAUUUGGUUACCCCACCUCUAUUCUUGUAAGGCCAGAAUCUCUAGCUCCCCAUUCCUCUAAAGCCGGCAUACUUCAAGAGUUUACACAUAUGGGUAUUAAUAUUCUUCAAGGAUCGCUGGAUGACUACGAAAGCCUGGCUAAUGCGUUUAAACAAGUAGAUAUAAUCAUAUCCACGCUUGCAAUCCCUCAGCAUAUGGAUCAGCUCAAGAUCAUAAGAGCCAUCCAAGAAGUUGGGAAUAUCCAGAGAUUUCUCCCAUCAGAGUUUGGCUGCGAUGUAGGCAGGGUGAAAGGUCUCCCUCCAUUUCAGAGGGUAUGUGAUGAUAAAAAGACAAUCCGUAAGGCUAUUGAAGAAGCAGGGAUUCCUCAUUCCUUUGUUUCUGCCAACUGUUUUGGGGCCUAUUUUGUUGAUUAUCUUCUUCAACCUCGGCGCAAACCACACUUAGAGGAAGCUGUCAUUUAUGGAUUUCAUGACAUUAAAUUUGAAUGUUGUGCAGCGGUUUUCAAUUUAGAGGAUGAUGUUGCAGCUUUUACUAUUAUGGUAGCAAAUGACUCAAGAACUUUAAAUAAGUCAGUGACUUGUAGGCCACCAGGGAACAUUAUUAGCCAGAGUGAGCUUGUAUCGUUGUGGGAGAAGAAAACAGGAACCACUUUGAAGAGAGUUUUCGUAUCAGAAUCUGAGCUAAUCAAAUUGUCAGAGACUCUGCCUCAUCCCGAUAAUGCUCCUGUUUGCGUUUUGCACAAUGUAUUUGUGAAAGGUGACCAGACCAACUACGAAGUAGGAGAAGAAGCGCUUGAGGUUUCAAAGCUCUAUCCCGAUUACAAAUACACUCCAAUAGAAGAGUUUCUUGAGGCAUCAGUCAGUGCUCCCCGCGAUAUAAAACUUACAUCCUUUGCCUAAAGCAAGUUUGGGAAAUUUAUAUUGGUAUAAUUGCCCGACACAAUAUUUUAUCUGUAAUAAAGAAGCAAGAAUCCAACAGAGAUCUUAGGAGAAACCACAGGUAUGUAGGCUCCUCGAUACCUUAGCCCACAAGUAUUGUCAGAAUUCAUGUGAACACCAAACUAAAAAGUACUUUUUAUAUUGUCUAUAUGAAUUCAUGUGACCACCAUGCUAAUAAGUACAUUUUAUAUUGCUUA